UUCUAACGUGCAAACAAACGUGUGAUUUUCCGAGGCAAAUAUCGCAAACAAGAAACAAGAAAAAAGACCGAGACCAAAACCAAAACCAACGUGGAAUAGCACUAAGGCUCAGACUAGCUCAGCAGGCUCUGUUAUCAAGAUCCAUCUAUCUACUCACUCACUCAAGGCUCGCUUUUCUUCUUCUUCUUCUUCUUCUCCUUGUUCCGGUUUUGUGGCAGUGUUGUUAUCUCAUUCAGGGAUUCUUUGUGGGGUUUACUUCUCCUGAAGGUCGUUUGUUCUUAUUUGAAUUGGGAGUGGUUGAAGAUGAAAAGCGCGGUUCGUUCUCUACGCCAAUUUCGACCGGUCUUUUGGAGGCAAAAAUGUAAUUUGAUCAGUGGUCUUGUUGCAGAAACACCGUGUCACUUUGAAAAGUACUGUCAUAUUCAUAGUUCAGCUUAUAGAGUUGUUGAUCAUGCUGAGACCAAUUUGUUUAAAAACCAUUCAUUUACAACAACCACAAGAGCUCUGUCCAUUGCUAAUGCAAAACUCGUAACUAGAGUCACAGAAACAAACAGAGCGGGGCCUCUUGUUGAGUAUGAACGAAGAAUUGCUAACGGUGAACUUGUAGAUGGUGAUAGUUGUCAGGUAGAGACACUGACAGAACUUCAGAGACUCUAUGAUGAGCUUGUUGAGUCUGCUGAUGCCUGCCAAUUGGAUCGCAAUAUGGCUUCUGAAAAACCUGUAAGAGGUGGGUGGCUGUGGUCUCGUCUCUUGUCACUUCCUUCUUAUUCACCUGUAAAAGGUCUAUAUCUUUAUGGAGGAGUGGGUACUGGUAAAACUAUGCUGAUGGACCUGUUUUUCAAUCAAUUGCCCUCUAAUUGGAGGAAAAAGAGGAUUCAUUUUCAUGACUUCAUGUUGAAUGUACAUAGCCUAUUACAAAAGCAUAAGGGGUUGUCAGAUCCUCUUGAUAUUGUUGCAGGAGAGAUUUCUGAUGAGGCAAUUUUAUUAUGCCUUGAUGAAUUUAUGGUAACAGAUGUUGCUGAUGCAUUGAUCCUAAAUCGCUUGUUUAGACAUUUGUUCAGCAAAGGCAUUAUUCUAGUAUCCACUUCAAAUCGUGCUCCAGAUAACCUAUACGAGGGUGGAUUGCAGAGGGAUCUCUUUCUACCCUUCAUUGCAACAUUGAAGGAAAGAUGUGUAGUACAUGAGAUUGGUUCAUCAACUGAUUAUCGCAAAAUGACUUCGGGUCAGCAAGGAUUCUAUUUGGUUGGCAGAGAUUUAUCUGGCCUUCUUAAGCAAAAGUUUCAACAGUUGAUUGGAGAAGGCACAGCUACUCCUCAAGAAGUGGAAGUAGUAAUGGGAAGGACACUGCAUGUUCCACUGGGAGCCAAUGGAUGUGCCUUUUUUCCAUUUGAGGAACUUUGUGACAAACCUCUUGGGGCUGCGGACUAUUUUGGAUUAUUCAAGAACUUUCAUACUUUAGCAUUGGAAGGCAUCCCAGUUUUUGGGCUUCAUAAUAAAUCAGCUGCACAUAGAUUUGUCACUUUGGUUGAUGUGAUAUAUGAGAACAGGGCCAGACUAUUGUGUACAGCUGAUGGGAGCCCUCAUGAUCUCUUUGGAAAAAUAGUAACAAUAUCUGAGGCUAAACAAAUGGCACCCAGGACCUCUUCGAGAUCGAGGAAAAAUGAUGAUUCUGACCUUUGCGUAGACAAUGAACUGGGGUUUACUAAAGACCGCACCAUUAGUAGACUGACAGAGAUUAACAGCAGGGAAUACUUAGAGCAUCAUGCUGCCAUGUUAGCAGAAAAGAAAGAAAGGGAUCAAAAUGUCCUUGAAGCUUGAAUAGAGGAUCCGAAACCUCCAACAGUGGUUCCUCUACUAUUGUUGUAGUAUAUACGGAGUGAAAAUGGGGUAAAAUGAGUAUUGAUUGUUACACAACCAAUAAUUUCCAAAAAAAAGAAAAAGCCCAUCUGCAAACCGUUAGAUUUGGUACCUGCAUAGGGAGAGGUGUGUUUGUUACUAUCAAUGAGUUACCAGCAUUACCCAUAAAAUUGUAUAAUUGAGUGAUGUAGUAUAAAUAAUUCGAACAAGUUAAAUGGAAUGUUGGUCUUUCUAACUAUAUUGUUGAUUGGUGUUUUGCCAGAAAAGAUA